AUGCCCGAGUUUCGCACCGAGCGUGUUCGCCAGCUCAUAGAGAGCAAACCACGAUCCCUCCUGGAGGCCGGAGAUAACGCGUUAUCAUCGCCAUCCAAACCUGUGAACAACUCGACAAUCUUUGCUACGAUAUUUGGUGAGCAGGUUUUUGGCCGUCGUCAAAUGGAGGCUUGUCUUCCAAAGCCGGUAUUUUCUGCGUUUUUGGAUCAAAUAUGCAAGGGAACAACUAUGGAUAAAAGCACGUGUGAUGCGAUCGCUCAUGCAGCUCGAGUUUGGGCCCAGGAGAAGGGGGCCACCCACUUUACGCACUGGUUCCAGCCCCACACAAACUCCACCGCAGAAAAGCAUGAUUCUUUCUUGUCUCUAAAAAUGAGUGCAACGGAGAUGGGAUUUGAAUCUACACCAAUUGAUGCCUUUUCGGGGUCUUCCCUGUUGCAGGCAGAACCAGAUGCCUCCAGCUUUCCGAAUGGCGGUGCAAGAACAACUUUCGAAGCUCGUGGAUAUACUGUUUGGGACCCAUCUUCCCCGAUGUUCAUUCAAAAGGGACCCCAUGGAACUUCUGUGCUUUACAUUCCAUCUAUUUUUCUCAGCUAUAAUGGCGAUGCUUUGGAUGAGAAAACUGGCCUUUUACGCUCCAUCGAUGCAGUGGCAAAGGCAUCUUGCCGUCUUAUCAAGUUUCUGGGAAAUGACAAGGCUGCAGAUGCAGAUGUCAGAGUCAUCCCCACACUUGGGUGUGAGCAAGAGUUUUUCUUGAUCGACCGUAGCCUAUAUGCCCACAGGCCAGAUUUGAGGCUCACCGGAAGAACUCUGCUUGGGAAAAUGCCACCAAAGCAUCAACAGCUGGAAGACCAUUAUUUUGGCAACAUUCCAUCUCGCGUUUUAGCUGCAAUUUCAGAGGCAGAGUUGGAGCUUUGGAAGUUAGGGGUCCCCAUCAAGACCAGACACAACGAAGUGGCUCCAAAUCAAUUUGAAGUUGCCCCCAUCUUUGAAGAUGCCAAUAUUUCGGUGGACCACAAUUUGUUGACCAUGGAAGUGAUCCACAAAGUCGCUCAUCGCCACAACCUCAAGGCUCUAUUUCACGAGAAGCCAUUCGCUGGAGUAAAUGGAUCCGGAAAACAUUGUAACUGGUCUCUGUUGACAUCAUCUGGAGUUAAUAUGCUGGAGCCAGGAAAUGCCCCAGAAGAGAACAUUCUUUUUCUCGCCACUCUUUUGGCUGUUCUGAUGGCAGUUCAGGAUCACGGACCGCUUUUGAGAGCCGCUGUGGCAUCUGCCUCAAAUGAUCAUCGCCUGGGGGCCAAUGAGGCGCCACCGGCAAUUGUUUCUGUCUUUCUUGGGGCCUAUCUUUCGGAGGUUUUGAAUUCCAUCGAAAAUGGCCAGUCUCCACAAAAUCUUUACCGCCCCACUUUGAAAUCUAUUUCCGUAGGGAGAAGGACCCUUGAUGUGAAACUUUCCUCGAUGCCCGAGAUCUGCCAAGAUCCUACUGAUCGCAAUAGGACAUCUCCAUUUGCCUUCACUGGAAACAAGUUCGAGUUUCGUGCCGUCGGUUCAAAGCAAAGUCCCUCGUUUCCUGUUGCCGUCCUGAACUCUGGUGUCGCCGAGGCGAUGAAUUAUAUUUGUGACCGAUUGGAGAGUGGCGACAAUGCAAUGGCACUGAUCCGCCAGCUGAUCUCGAAGACCAAGUCUGUUCGAUUUGAGGGCGACAACUACUCAAAAGAAUGGGAGGUUGAGGCCGAGCGCAGAGGUCUCCUCAACAUCAAAACAUCGCCAAAUUCAUAUUCGCUAUUGAGCAAAUCUAAUCAUCGAGAAAUGCUUAUCGAAAAAUGCAAGGUUUAUUCGGAAGCAGAACUGAACGCUCGCUUCCAUGUACUUCUGGAGAAGUAUGCGAAAGAUUUAUUGAUUGAAUCCAGAACGAUGGUUUCAAUGGUGCGCCAAUUUGUGCUCCCCGUGGCUUUCAAGUACCGCAGGGAAUUGAUGAGUGGAGUUACACUUCAAGUUUCAUCUUCCUUUCCUCACAAGCAGCCACUUGAGGAUGUCUUGUCUUCUUCGUUAAAGAUCAACGCUGCUGAGCAGGAUACCUGCCAAAGACUUUCUCUUGAAAUCGAUUCUGCUUAUAGAGUCCUUCUUCAGCUCGAGAGCGAGGUUGAAAAAGUUGAAGCAAUUGAGCACCAAAAUGGAGACCCCCUUUGCCAGUCCCUUGCUGCUGAAAAGCUGACAUUGCUUAUGUCGGAAUUGCGAGUACAUGUGGAUAAACUCGAGGAGCUUUCCCCGGAUGAGUACUGGCAGUUGCCCAAGUAUUCUGACAUUUUUUUCAAUUGA